AUGAAGCAUCUUUGCACUAUAAUAUUUAAUGACCGUGAUGAAAUAUUUUGGUAUAGUUGUCAAUAUUUCUCAUUUCAGUUGUACACGAUGAAAGUCUCGGACGCUGAGCUGUCGCUGGUGCUGCGGCCGGCCGUUCAGCAGCUCUCCAGCAUCUUUGCCAAACAUCAACACGAGCUGAGGGUGGCAGGAGGUGCUGUGAGGGAUCUUUUGAGUGGCCUUGUUCCUCAUGACUUGGAUUUCGCGACAACUGCCACCCCUGACGAGAUGAAGAAGAUGUUCGAAGAGGAAGGCGUGCGUAUGAUCAAUGAGACCGGCGAGAAACACGGUACCAUCACGGCCAGGAUAGACGAUGAGAACUUCGAGUGCACCACAUUACGAAUUGAUAUCAAGACAGAUGGUCGCCAUGCAGUGGUGCGUUUCACGAAAGAUUGGUAUUUAGACGCCAAUCGUCGUGACCUUACUAUUAAUUCCAUGUUCAUGGGCAUGGACGGCACCGUAUAUGAUUACUUUGAUGGCAAGCGCCAUCUUGACGAGCAUAGAGUUGAGUUCGUGGGUGACCCCGACACUCGCAUACAAGAAGAUUACCUACGAAUAUUGCGGUAUUUCCGUUUCUACGGACGCAUCGCCAAGUCUCCUGAUGAUCAUUCUGAAUCUGUUCUAGAAUCCAUCACUCGUAAUGCUGGAGGCCUCAGUCGAAUAUCAGGAGAGAGAAUUUGGACUGAGUUGCAGAAGAUCGUCACUGGCAACUACGGUGGAGAACUACUCCAGAAAAUGGUCGAUUGUAAACUUGGCCCCUACAUUGGCCUGCCUGAUGACUUCUCUGGCUUGGCGUGCAAGUCUUUGUUCGAUCGAUGCUCUUCGUGUGGUGUGGACACGCGCGAGUUGUCGCCCAUGACUGUCAUCGCAGCGGGAUUUUCUAACGCCGACGACGCAUUCAAUUUCAUCGCGCGCGUCAAGUGUUCAAAAAAAGAGCGCGAGCUUUUGAUUUUUAUCUUAGAUAAUCGUGAUGCCGUUAUCGCAGCCAAAGACGUUAAAAUAGUCCAGGACCUAUUGGCGGACCUCGUGAUAGACUUGAAAGUUUAUGACAAAUUGGCGAGGCAACGCGUCGAAGAACUUCUCAAGUACUCAUGCCAGAUGAAGAUGCUGGAGGAAUUCAGGGACUGGGUUCUGCCAGUGUUCCCUGUCAGCGGUGGAGCCUUGGUUGCUAAACUAGACGACAAAAGGAAAACUCGUCUCGUGACCAAAGAACUUUUUGAGAUUUGGAAAAAGUCGAAUUUCACCUACUCGGAGGAAGAGCUUCUAUCGCGUGUUGAUGAAAUACAAGCCACUGUUCAGGUAGUCAGUAAAGGCAAGAAGAAAUGAA